AUGCAACGCUGGUCCCAACUGGCAGUACCUUUAAUCCUGCUAUUCGCUUCCCUGCUUUUCACCGCCUCCGCGCAAACCACUAUCGAUCCAAGUACUGUCCCUUCAUCGACACGGUCUACUUGGUGCCAGGGUAAUCUACAAGCGUGUCCUCUUAUCUGCGGUGGAGGAACCAGCGUAAAUUCUUGCGACCGGGAUACGUUGGAAUAUGAAUGCAUCUGUUCCGAUGGGUCGACACCGGAUUUGUCUCAAUAUGCGCUCACGUUGCCUUACUUCGUCUGCCAGGAAGUAAGAUCGCGGUGCAUUGCUAACGGCGCCAACAACCUCGAGGGGCAAGCUGAGUGUAACUCACUACAAUGUGCGAGCGCAACUCCAGGGGCCAAUUCUGGAGGUGAAAUAACGACAGAUCCGGCGACUGUGACCUCAGUUGGCGGUAGCUCUCCUUCCGACCCAGCGGUUAGCGAAGUUUCGUCUCAAACAUCUGACAUAGUUACAGAUUUAAAUACCCCGAACGACCCGAGUACAUCUACAGAGGGCCAAUCAACGAUACCCCAGGAAACAACAUCGACGACUAGUAGUUCCGAAUCGAGCUCAACGUCCCUGGGUCUUGAUGCGCCGAGUAGAACGGCGCAAAGUUCUACCACGAGUACCAACGAUCCUUCAGCGACAUCGAAUGAUCCUUCUAUUGAAGAAACCGGGACUAGAAACUCAGGCGAUGGUGGUGGUGGUGGGAAGAAAGGAUUAAGUACCGGUGCUAUAGCUGGUAUCGCAGUUGGUGUGGGAGUACCGGUUCUUUUGAUUCUUUUAUUUCUUGCAUAUAAAUGGGGAAGUCGACGGGCCAAAGACCCCCCAACUCUUGCACCAGCACCCGUGGAGAAAAAUCCACAAUGGCAAGGUGGGAAUGAAACAGCUGGAGGUGGAGGAUAUCCAGGGGUUGGGAAUGGUAAUGAAAUCGGUGGGAUUGAAGGGAACUAUGGGGCUUCGAACCAGUGGAGCUCAGGGAGGCAGUAUUAA